AUGCAGUCCAUAUUCAAGAUGUUCUCCGUCAACAACGCUCCCACGGUCCCUGUUACCGAAGAGGAUGCGGCUGCAGACGUCGACGAACCCCCAGAUCGAGUCUCCUUGCUACACCAAAUGCCCAUGGACAUCAGUUACCCGAAGAAUUCUUCCCGCAUGCCUUCGUUCGGUCGACGCGAGUCUCUCCUCACCCGAGCAAUCGUGGGAGAGCCGAAGGCUGACGACGCUGUUUCUCAACACAAGCAGUACACCGGCAGAGGUCUAUCGACCGCUUCUUCACAUAGCGCCACCAGCAUGGCCUCUACGGCUGAGCUGAUCAGCGAUCACAGCCCUGCACGCUCUUGCUCUCCGAGUCCUCCUGUUCCCAAUGGAUUCACCGGGCUGCCUGGGCACAAACCCAGCUCAACAAGCGUCAUGAUUGCCCCAGUCACUAAGGACGAGAAGGCCGCUGUAGCUGAUAUUGGAGAAGCUGCAGUCGAGAAGACGCUUGGUCGCCGACGCUGUAUCAUGUUUGCAUGUGCCGAAGCUGCAACGCCAGAGCCUAAGAAGGAGGAACCCAAGCCCGAGCCUGAACCGCCCAAACGCAAGUGCGCCUUGACCUUCAUGUGUCCCUCUCGGAAAGACGAUGUACAGGACACAAUCAUCGAAGCUCCCAGGCGGGAACAACGCAAGCCUCUACCGGCUACUGCGCCUGCCGCCAUGCCCGAUUCGACCGAACAACAGUCCCAGACUGCGCCCAAAUCCGAGAAGGCUUCCUCUCCCACCACACCCGUGUCCCCACAGACCUUUCAUGAGUUCGGCAGCUCCCACGAUGAAACCGACGCGUGGGUCAACAGCGCCCAGCAGCACAAAGAGAAGCUCACCGUGAAGGAUUGCAUGAAGAAGGAAAAUGCCAUCCGAAAGCUUGGCGAGGAGGCCGAGGAGGAAGCCGAAGAAGAAGAACGGGAGGCUGAAGCACUGGACGACAUCGAUGAAGACCCUACUCAAGAGGAUGAUUUCGCACCGUCCGACGAUGGUAACGAUUCCGAUGAUGAGGCUGGCUUUGCCGACUCUGACGACGAGAGUGAUGCUGGCUCCGACCAUCAGUUCUGGGCGCCUGCUGCUCAGUCAUCGACCACUGGUGCCACCAGUACGGAGAAUCUCAGCCACUUCAGCAACCGCGGUCGUUCGCGAGCCAGCUCCCUUGAAUCUAUCCCGCGUUCGGACAGCCCAGCAAGAUCAUCGGAGCGACCACUCUUCAUGAAGCGCCCACCCAAGCUGCCCCGCAUGCGUCCUGGUACACCCGAGUUGCCUGACAGCACUGACUUCGUCUGCGGUACCCUGGACGAGGAUCGGCCACUUGAAGCUGCCUACAUCUCGUGCCUCGAGCAAAGAAAGCGAGAAAAGCACAUUCCUAUUCCUCAGGAUAUUGAUCCCAGUUUCCCCACCAGUGAUCCAGAGGACGAGGAGGAUGAGGAGGACGAAGAUGAGUCUCCAGGAGCCGGCGGUCCGAUGUGGAUGAAGGAUCAAUUCGCUGAACUCGAUGGUGCCGCCCGGUCCAGGACUCCCCGGGAAAUGAAGAGCCCUACUCCUCCCUCGCCAAGAAACGAGCAUCCUCUUCCCAAACUUCGGCUUUCUAGGCGCAACACCAAUAGGUCGCCGCCACCAAAAGCUCGUUGUCGUUCACCACCUCCGCCAGCCUACAACCUCUUCGAUCAUCGCAACGACUCUGAGAUGCGUCCCCCGCCUCAUAUGCGCCUGCGCUCUCCACCAGGCUCGCCUAGCUUCGCUCCAUCUGUUGCCCCACACAUGGAGAUCGGCCAGCGUCCGUUUGGCCGUGGUCAUCGGGAGAGAACCUCUUCACUACCGCGCACUCCUAAUCCGUUCUUCAAGCGGUUCAAUGUUGGUAGCCCGUCCAUCUCCAAUGUCGCUUCCGGAGCCGUGACCCCGGCCACUGAAGAGCCUCCUCGGUCUGACCUUCACGUCCGUGGGCCUGUUGACAUCGUCAUGGGCCUCGAACGCAAACGCCAGAAGCGCAAGGAGAAGUUCUGGCGUCAACAUUGCCGCAAGGCCGCCAAAGAGUAUGCUGAGCGCAAGCAGGUCCCAGGCCGCGGCGCUGUGCGGAUGAAGGAACUUGGCCUCGAGUGCGCCGAGCGUAACCGUGGCUAUGGAACCCAGGGCCCGGCGGCGCAGGUCGUCCUUUCUCUCUAA